AUGACGGUUCCAUGCCAUAUCCGGGACUCAGCUUCCCAGCUCUUCUAUCAGGACCAUCAAUCUCCCCCAUACCAAGCCCUCCUAACUAUCACUGAGCUCCCGCAUCCAGCCCGUUCCAUUAUAGGAGCGUUCCUCAUAGAUGCGCAGGAUCCCCAGGAAGCAGCCCGCUACUUUUUGCGGGAGACCGCAAUUGGUGGGACCUCCCAAUCCGCCCCAACAAAAACGAUUACGGAAUUCCUCUCGGACUGGAAAUAUUUGAUCAACCUGUAA